GAUUGGUUGGCACCCUUGAUAACGCCAGUACUACAAUUGGUCAGAGAGAUAUAAGCCCGUUUGACAGCACGGAGUCCAGAACUAAGUUCCCUGUAUUCAAGAUGAUGGCAGGAGCUUUCUAUCCGAUUUUCACUUUGCUUGUUCUUUUUCAAGCUGGAAGCGCAGCUCGCGACAACAAGUCCCCAUCUGCAUGUCACUGUCGUCCAGUAAUCAAUGUUGGUAUGGAUGGUAAUGAUCAGUGUGACUUGUGCGAAGGAAACAACCAGCUGUUACAGGAGGUGAACGAAUGGAAGGAAGAACUGGCCUCAAUAAAGGCUCAAAUCCAAGGAGGUGUGCCCCAAAGUCCAUACGAUCUUUAUUUCACGAAAAGUGGUACAAGUGACUAUGUCGUCCACCAUGGCCUCCAAAUAACUGAUGCCUUUACCAUGUGCUUCCGAGUGCGUACAACAGACAAGACAGGAACGGAUCGCACGGUCGUGAGUUACAGCACUUCCAUAUACGCCAAUGAAAUUUUAAUCAACAAGAUGUCUCAAAUCCAGUUAUGGAUCAACUACAAACUAGUCCAAACGGGAAUCUCUGCAAAUGACGGUUUCUGGCAUCACAUAUGUGCUUCAUGGGAAAACAAAGGCGGCUCAUGGGAAAUUUAUAAAGAUGGUGUCUCCCAAGCCAGUGGAGUGGGAUUGAAGACCGGUCACGUGAUCAACACAAACGGAAUCCUUAUCAUUGGGCAGGAGCAAGAUUCGUUUGGAGGAGGAUUCGACGCCACUCAAAACUACAUUGGAGAACUCACUGAUCUGAACAUGUGGAACAGGGUCCUCAACGCAAGUGAAGUAUCAAACUUGUUCAAGUCGUGUCACCGGGGGAGGGGGAAUGUCAAGAAAUGGUCUGAUUUUAAAGUUGGACUUAGAGGUGAUGUGAGAGUGAUUUCUCCAUCUGCCUGCGAAAUAUGAACGCUCUCUUGCAACUUUUUCAUCUUCUUAAUUAAAGUUACCUGUAAGCGUGGAUUAAAGAAAUGUGUGUAGUUGUUAGGUUGCUUUGAAAUGUAAUAAAGUUUAAAGCAGUUUUGUUAAUUCCAGUUUCUCGAGGCGUUUAUUAUCUGGUGUUAGGGAGUAGGUAUUAAUGGGUUUGCUCUGUCGUCUCUAUUCCACUAAUGAGAAUUACUGGACGGGCCAGUACCACAACUGUGAAUGACUCUCUCAAAAUGAAAAUCCGGGUAGUUGCCGUAAUUCUCGUUAUUUAGGUUUUUACAAGUGCACAAGCGGGGGAAUGGCUCAGGGAAAGGCAUGAAUGCAAUGUGGUAAGAGUCGCCUCACUCGGUGA